CUGGCGCCGAGCGCGGUGGGUGACGAGUGGGUACCCGCUGGCUCUGCUGGCGGCCUCUGCCCGGAUCUCGGCGCCCAGGCCGUGCGCCUCUGCCGCCCUUGUCUCCGGUUUCGCGGGCACGGCGGAGGCGGCGGAGCUCUGGGCCACCGUAUCUGGAGUAGAGCAGAAAAAUUAUUAUGACUGUGUGCCCUUGGGACUCAUUGGAAAUUGCACAGUGACAUCUUCUGGGAUUUAGUUUGGAAUAUACACACUUGUGCCUAAAAUGGAAGUAGAUAUUAAUGGAGAGUCCAGAAGUACCCUGAGCAACCUGCCCUUCCCCGUGGCCGAGGCGAGCUCCCCUGGAAAGGCAGAGGCAGAGAAGCCCCGCUGCUCCAGCACGCCCUGCUCACCGAUGCGGCGGACUGUGUCGGGCUACCAGAUCCUCCACAUGGACUCUAACUAUUUGGUCGGCUUCACAACUGGUGAGGAACUCUUGAAAUUAGCCCAGAAGUGCACAGGAGGUGAAGAGAGCAAGGGAGAAUCCGUUCCUUCUUUGCGCUCUAAACAGCUGGAUGCAGGACUUGCCCGUUCCUCUCGUUUGUAUAAAACCAGAAGUAGGUACUACCAGCCAUAUGAGAUUCCAGCUGUCAAUGGCAGGAGGCGAAGGCGUAUGCCCAGCUCAGGAGACAAAUGCACUAAAUCUCUACCUUAUGAACCUUAUAAGGCCCUCCAUGGGCCUCUGCCUCUUUGUCUUCUUAAAGGUAAGAGGGCUCACUCCAAAUCUCUGGACUACCUCAAUCUAGAUAAAAUGAACAUCAAGGAACCAGCUGACACAGAAGUGCUACAGUACCAGCUUCAACACCUAACCCUGCGAGGGGACCGUGUGUUUGCGAGGAAUAAUACAUGAAGGACUUGCAGAGAGUUUAAAACAGUUUAGGUCAGCGUCUACUUGGCUAGAAAAAACCCACUGUUGUACUCUGUACUUGACUCUUCAAAUUAUAGAUGGUUAUAUCAGCUAAGUGUUCUUGGAAAAUAAGAAUUGUUUGAAUCAAAUUUUGAAUACAGGAAUGAAAUCAUAGGUAUUGGGGGGGGGAGGGGGAUCAUUCUAGAGCACGCAACUGCAAAGAAAACAGAGUGUUGACCAUUAGUUUGUAUAGCUUUUUAGCUAGGAAAAAAGGCUUUGGUACGGUAAUUUCAUCUUUAUGAUUCUGACACUGAAAUUGGGAAUGUUAAUCUGCUUGGUUGUUGCUGACUUGGUAUGAUUCAUUAGAAAUUUAUAUCUUAAGUACUCAAGUACUUCUUGAAUCUCUGUAUUUUACUAUAAAAUGUAAGUAAUGAUUUGUUUUAUGAAAUUUAGAACUUGAACAUUGCUGAAUUGGACCACUUUUUAUUUUUAAAUAUUGAGUUUAAAUAUUUUAUAACUGGUUUUGCACUGAAAAAACUUAACAUUUCAGAUUGACAAGAGAAUAAUCUUUCUUCACUUGCCUCAAUAAUAUUAUUGAGCAAUGAAUUUUUUAUUUCCGCAUGGAAAGUUAUUGAUCUCUAUGGCUGUAAAAUAUUUCUUUAUAGCAUUAUUAAGGUGUGUCUUAAUAAAAUUAAAUUUGGGAUACAAAGUAUUUAUUUUACAAUGGGUGGGGGGGAAGCUUUUCCAGAAAGUUUCCAAUAUGAAGUUUUCAUAAGUUGAAAAAGUUUCCUUAGUGCUUAUUUUCUGAUUUAAAAUUCAUUUGGAACUUUAAAGUGGAAAGGAUUCUUUUAAUUGUGGACUAUAGGCAUAAUACUGUUUGCAUCUGAAUUUUCUACAAGUGAAUGGAACUUUAAUAGAAGAUCUCAUGAUUUCUACUAUUGAGUGCUUAAACUAAGUGUGAAAUGAUACCAUUCAGCAUGGCAUUGGGUCAUUCCAGUUUCAGUUCUGUGCCACACAAGUACUCACUGAAAUUCCAGUUUCUGGGAUUAGUGUAGGAGCCUAAAGUACUUCUACAGUUUUAAUGGGUUAAUCCUGGAUUACUUAACAAUUUAUGUCAACUGCACUGGUUUAAUUUGUUGCUAAAGAAAUAAUGCCCUGGCUUUAGUAACAAAUACAGACAGCUCAACUAUUCUUGAAUAUAUUUUGAAAAAUAAAGAUGUAUGUAACUUACCUUUUGUAAACAUUUCUAUUUCUUUUUUUCUUUUUUGACUCUUGAAGGUGCAAUUUAUUACUGAAUUGGCAUUUCUGGCAGCAUAGAACUGCUUAUUUUAAGUUUUAUAUUGGGGGCUGUGAGUUUCUUAGGUGUUAGCAAUCUUGCAUAUAGAAUAAGAACACCUUUUAAUUAAUGAGUGGGUCAUUCCUGGUGCAAUUGUGAUUUUUCUUUAGCCAGAAUGAAAAUGGCAAACUCAAUUUAGAGCAGACUAAGUAUUAGAAAACCCUAGGAACUCUAAAUCAACGUUUAUUAUACUUUCAUUAAGGUAAAACAUGUGAAAGAGCCUUGGGGAAGUUGACGCAUAUCUUACUGAGUUGAUCAGAUUUCUUGGUGGGCUGGAAAUUUCAGCUGCUGUACAUUUUAAAGUAAAUUGCACCUUUGUAACAUAUUGUAUUGACAAAUGAUCACUAAGAUUAACUAUAUCUAUACAGUCAUUAGUUUGACAAGAAUUAGAAUCCUGUCAGAUGCCAAAGAGUUGGGAUUUUUACGUUUAAUGAUUAAACACCGUUAUUUAUUGAUGAUUUACCCUGUGGAACUGUAUUAUUUCUAACUAUGAAAUAAAAGGGUGAUGUAAACACACAUUGUUGUGUGGUACUUUAAGCUAUUGUCUACCAUCAACAGACUACUUGCUGUUCAAGAAUUCCCUAAGCACUUAUUUUGAGACCCUAUUUUUGUAAAACAAAAAAAAACAAAAUCCAUUUACUUUUGAUGCUCAUUGACAUUACAAGGUAAAGGAUGUAUUUAUAGCAAUGAUAUAUAUAUUCAGUCUAUUAGGAAACACAACUGUUUACCUGUGAGACCUGGCCCUGCCCAUGUGUCUAAAUUUCUUGAGCUAAAUAAAAAAAUGUAGCUU